GCGGGGCAGCAUGGCGGCCGCGGCUGCAGGAGCUGGGGACUCGGCUCCCGGCGGCGGCCCAGCGGCCGUGCGGCUACCGCGGUCGCCGCCGUUCAAGGUCCUGGCGGAGCAGCUGCGGCGCGACGCGGAGGGCGACCCGGGUGCGUGGCGGCUGUCGCGGGCGGCGGCGGGCCGCCGGCCCCUGGAGUUGGUGACCGUGUGGAUGCAGGGCACGGUGGUGGCGGCGGGCGGCGACCAGGCGCGGCUGCGGGACCCGAGCGGGGCCUUCUCAGUGCGCGGCCUGGAGCGAGUGCCGCGCGGGCGGCCCUGCCUAGUCCCAGGAAAGUACGUGAUGGUAAUGGGAGUGGUGCAGACGUGUAGCCCCGAGCCGUGCCUUCAGGCUGUGAAGAUGACAGACCUCUCCGAUAACCCCAUCCACGAAAGCAUGUGGGAGCUAGAAGUGGAAGAUUUACACAGGAAUAUUCCUUAGAUGACAUUGGAACCCUUGCUAAUAACAACCGAAGUCCUAAAAAAAUAAAAAAAUAAACAACCGAAAUCAUGAAACAAUUUAGGUUCUUAUACCAUGUAGAUUUCACAGAUAGCAUUCCAUGUACAUUUCUCAUAAGUUUCUCCAAGAGUUUUGCUUUGGUUGACCAAGGAGUCCAGAGGUAGGAUUUCUAAGCACUGGGACACUUCACUUAACUCAGCCCUCGAUGCCCCUUGCUUUGAUGACUAUUUGCAGAUGAAAAGCAGAUGUGUGCUCCGUUGUU